AUGUCUCUAUCUCAGACCAUGCGCCUCUGGCGUCCGACCACGUCGCUCGCGAAGACCUUUUCGCCUGGUGGCUCAAUUGCUUAUCUCCAUCAACAGGGUCCGUCGCGGUCGGCCGUUGUUCAUGAGCAGGCGUUUCCACAAGGCCAGACACAGGUCCCUGUCGAAGCACUCAGAUCCCAAGCGCGCGCACAAGCACCUGGAUCGACCCAUGAAUCGAAACUCGAUACUCUUAUCUCCCAAAUUCCUCUCGUCCAAACACUUCGUGAUUCCCACAAAUCCUACAAAGAGUCCCGUCCCCAUCUCGCCAUUCCGCCUGCUAUUAGACAGCAUCAUUUCGUCGGUGGAAGUCUAGCUGGGCCUGGAAAACUAUCUAUCGCGCCUUAUACAUGGACGUCGUCUAAGAAGUCCGAGACGGGGAAUUCGCGGACAAGCAAAGUCGUUUCAGUCUUUCAUAUCGGUCGUGAUCUGUGCGGACAUCCUGGAUUCGUGCACGGUGGUCUUUUGUCCGUCCUUUUCGAUGAGGUCUUUGCUAGAUGUGUGUCGGCUGCGUUUCCAAGUGGACUUGGCAUGACUGCGAAUUUGAAUGUGGAUUUCCGGAAGCCGGCGCUGCCGGAUAGGGUUUAUGUGCUUAGGGCUGAGACGGUGAAGGUCGAGGGACGCAAGGCUUGGGUUGAGGGGAGGAUGAGUUAUUUGCCGUUGGCCGUUGAUGGAAGUACCAUCGUUCAGGAUGAGAAGUUGUUGAGGGAAGAUGGCGAGGGGGUGGUCAUGGUUUCGGAGGCGAAGGCGCUGUUCAUUGAACCUAAGUUUGCGGAUUCCAUGGUCUCGAUUUACAAGAGCUAA